AUUUGUUAUUUUAUUUGACCAUUGCUUCCAUGCUUAUCCUAUUAUUUGUGUGGAUUUCAACUAAAAAGCUGCUGGUUCCAGCUCAAAAACAAUCAGAAACUCCGAAGGACAUGUCGAAACAACAAUUGGCGCAUCCACGUUUUACGACAAAAACUCUGAAUUUCUGGUCUGACCCUUGGGAUGUUGGAGCUGAUGAUGCUGCUGGUGCAAUUCCGGGAUUCCAAAAUAACCAACCGACUUUUGGAGCUUGGAAAUAUGUGCGCUUUGGAGAUGGAGCACUUUAUACUACUGAGAGUCUCCAGACCGAGUCCAAUGUGAUGAACAAAUAUUCUCCAAUGGGCAUAUUGUCGUGUUUGUAUUUUUUGUUAGGUUCGAGAUAUCCUUGCAGAUUUAUGCUGACGUUAUGCUAUUGACUCGACUUUUGAUGUUGAUCGAGUGCACAUGUAAAUUAUUGGCUCGCAAUAGACUUCUUCACAUUUUAUGAAUAAACAAUGAUUUAGAACCUUUGA